ACGGGACAUCUCUGUCCUAGUCGUGAGUGCCCCGCCUACCCCUAGCGGUCCCCGGCGUCUCGGUUCCUGUGGCGCUCACCUGCGCCGGUAGCGGAGAAAUCGCCCCGGGACAUGGACUCAGUGGUCUUUGAGGAUGUGGCUGUGGACUUCACCAUGGAGGAGUGGGCUUUGCUGGAUUCUGCUCAGAGGGACCUCUACAGAGAUGUGAUGCUGGAGACCUUUGAGAACCUGGCCUCAGUAGAUGAUGAAACUCAAUUUAAGGCCAGUGGGUCAGUUUCUCAGCAGGAUAUUUAUGGAGAAAAAAUACCCAAAAAAUCUAAAAUAGCUGCGUUCACCAGAAAUGUUUCCUUGGCCUCUGUUUUAGGAAAAAUUUGGGACAGUCUUAGCAUUGAAGAUCAUCCCACAAACCAGGGGCAAAAUCUCAGUAGAAAUCAUGUGUUGGAGAGACUCUAUGAAAGUAAUGAUCAAUGUGGAGAAGCCGUCAGCCAGGUUCCACAUCUUAAUCUGUACAAGAAAAUUCUGCCUGGAGUAAAACAGUAUGAAUACAACACGUACAGAAAAGUCUUCAUGCAUCGCCGCGCAUCCCUCAAGAGUCCCAUCACAGUUCACACUGGACGCAAACCCUAUCAGUGCCAGGAAUGUGGGCAGGCCUACAGUUGUCGUUCACACCUAAGAAUGCAUGUGAGAACCCACAAUGGAGAGAGACCCUAUGUGUGUAAAUUAUGUGGGAAAACCUUUCCUCGUACUUCCUCCCUCAAUCGGCAUGUAAGGAUUCACACUGCUGAGAAAACCUACGAAUGUAAGCAAUGUGGGAAAGCCUUUAUUGACUUUUCAAGUCUUACUAGUCAUCUCAGAAGUCACACCGGAGAGAAGCCAUAUAAGUGUAAGGAAUGUGGGAAAGCUUUCAGUUAUUCCUCAACGUUUCGAAGACACACAAUAACACACACUGGCGAGAAGCCAUAUAAAUGUAAGGACUGUGGGGAAGCCUUUAGUUAUUCCUCAACUUUUCGAAGACAUAUGAUUUCACACACUGGAGAGAAGCCACAUAAAUGUAAAGAAUGUGGGGAGGCCUUCAGUUAUUCUUCAGCUUUUCGAAGACACAUGAUAACACACACUGGAGAGAAACCAUACGAAUGCAAACAAUGUGGGAAAACCUUCAUUUAUCUCCAGUCCUUUCGAAGACAUGAAAGGAUUCACACUGGAGAGAAACCCUACGAAUGCAAACAGUGUGGGAAAACCUUCAUUUAUCCCCAGUCCUUUCGAAGACAUGAAAGGACUCAUGGUGGAGAGAAACCCUAUGAAUGCAACCAGUGCGGGAAAGCAUUCAGUCACCCCUCCUCCUUUCGAGGACACAUGAGGGUGCACACUGGAGAGAAACCCUAUGAGUGCAAGCAAUGUGGGAAAACUUUCAAUUGGCCCAUAUCUUUACGAAAACAUAUGAGAACACACACUAGAGAGAAACCCUAUGAAUGUAAGCAGUGUGGGAAAGCCUUCAGCUUGUCUGCUUGCUUUCGAGAACAUGUGAGAAUGCACCCUGAAGACAAAUCCUAUGAAUGCAAGCUAUGUGGGAAAGCUUUCUAUUGCCACAUAUCCUUACAAAAACAUAUGAGAAGGCAUACGGCAGAGAAACUCUAUGAAUGCAAGCAGUGUGGGAAAGCUUUCAGUUGGCCUGAACUUUUGCAACAACAUGUGAGAACGCACACUGUAGAGAAGCCCUAUGAAUGUAAGGAAUGUGGGAAGGUCUUCAAAUGGCCAUCAUCUUUACCAAUACAUAUGAGACUGCACACUGGAGAGAAACCUUAUCAAUGUAAGCAUUGUGGGAAAGCAUUCAAUUGUUCCUCAUCCUUAAGACGACAUGUGAGAAUACACACUACAGAAAAACAGUAUAAGUGUAAUGUAGGACAUCCUCCUGCAAAUGAAUUCAUGUGCAGUGCUUCAGAAAAGUCACACCAGGAGAGAGAUCUGAUCAAAGUUGUAAAUAUGGUGUUGCCUUUAUGAGUUCCUUAUCCUGAAAGUGGACACUCAAGGAGUGUGUCUGUAGUUCAUUUGCAAAUAAACAUUUAGUUGAAAAAUAAUUCUCCAAAUACUCUCAGCUGUCCUACAUGAACUUUAACAGGUAGUUUCUUACAAUUCAGUAAAUAAAACUUUCAUCUUAGAGU